AUGACCAGUAUCCCCAGCGAGCUUGUGGAUCUUAUUCUCUGCGAUCUCGACAACUCAAGCUUGCUUUCCGCGAGCCUGACAUGCUCUGACUGGCUUCCUAUCGCCCGCAGCCAUCUCCGGCUCGUAUUUCGUAGAGGCAGCGAAUUCCAGUUUCGAAAUAUCGCAGCGACGUCCUCACUAGCGCCCCACCUACGCACUCUCCAUCUAGCAUACGCCCGCUAUACCCACGAGCUACUGCUAUCCCAAUUUGUCUCGCUGCGCUCAAUGGUCAUUGACCAUUGUGUGCUCCCUUCCGACAUCCCUUGCUUCCCCCAACUGCACAAACUAGAACUCCACCGUGUUCGAUUCAUCUCUGAAGAGAAUGUGCUUCGCUCUUUUCAGAAUUUACCUCUUCUACGCACUCUCGCGUGGAAUGAAGUGCAGUGGUCCAGUGCGUCAGAUAAUACCGUCCUGCAACCAGUCCCGUUGAUGACGAUGUCUUUGCGAUUGGACUUCUUAUACCUCAAUGUCUACAUGACGGGCUUCUGGGAUACUAUUUCCCACACAGUAUACCCUCGCCAUCUACAUCUGAGCGCGUACAAGCACCAGACGAAUAUGGAGCUUUCUUCUCGAUAUCUCCAUACUAUCGGGCGACAACUUGAGUCUCUGUGCAUCCAACCGGAGAACCACGCGGCUACGCCCGUCAUGAACGACGGGGCCCUCAGCCUAGUGGGGCUCACUGCGUUGCACACUCUCGAACUUCGCUCCGCUCUCCAUUACCAUACCUCCAACGGAAGCUAUGUCGUCGGCUUCGAGCCGUUUGUCGAGAAGCUUCUGCUCCAAUUAACCUCUCCGCUCGACACGCUCAUUCUGGCGGUGCGGCCGGUGACGCCAGAUGCGACGUCGCCCCAGGCUCAAUUGGAACAGGUCUCGCACCUAUUCCAAGUAUUGAAGUCGCACAGGAUUCUAUCGUCUUUGAGAAAACUGAGGUUCCUUGUCGAGGGGAAGGGCAACCUGUAUAAAGCGGACGCGAACGCGAACGAUUUGCCGCGGCUCCGGAGUUUCAUCGAGCCCAUUUUGCGGGCAGCCGUGCCGGCUGCGUUUCACGGGAUCCUGGCCUUCGAAAUGGGAGAGUUGCAUACGUGGUCUAAGUGCUAA